UCAAAAAGACUUGUGGAGGCCAUGGAUGCUUCGGAUGUAUGUCCAACUGAGGAGGCCAUUAAGGCUUUUCUGGAAUACUUGGUCGACCCAAUACUUCCACCUAGAUCUUCUCUGCGUGAUACCCCAUCGCUGUCUCAACAAGAAUCAGUUGCCAAACAGGUUCAUGCCGUUGUGUUACUAUACAACUACUAUCACCGAAAGCAAUGCCCGGAUCUAGAAGUUUUGAACUUCGAUUCGUUUUGCAAGUUGGUUUUGGUUCUGAAACCAGCCCUGCUGCCUCAUAUGAAAUUCAUGCAAAAGCCCAGUGAUACUGAGUUGGAAGACCUGGAGAAACAACUCUCAGUGACAGAAAAAACAAUCAUGGAUGCAUGCAACAUGUCUUUAAGGUUGGAUGCAUCAAAGGAUGUUCCAAAUACAGAGGGAUGGCCAAUUUCUAAAGUUACCGUCUUUUUGGUUGACCCCAAGAAGGAGAACUGCUUAUUGCUAUUCAGUCUCAUUACCCAGGGGGUUUGGUCGGUGAUUGAAAAAGAUUUAGAUGUCGCAGUGCACAGUUCAGAAGAUCAAACGGACGCAAAACAUGCAAACAGAAACAAAAGAGUCACUGGAAAACCUUCAAGAGUUGAAUCAAGGACUGAUGGAGCUAGCUUCCGGAAACUUGCAUAUUCAGCAGUUAGUGAAGCUGCAGGUAUUAAUCAAACAGAUCUUCUGGUUUUGGAAAGCCAUGUUGUAUUUUCUGUGAGUAAAGAAAAGGCGGCUGUUUGCUUCUUUAUAAUUCAAUGCACCAAAACAGUCAGUGAGAAGAUCAUUCAAAUUCCUAUUCAAGAUGUUAUUGACAGUCUGCAGGGUCCUCUGGUCAUAAAGAGUUCCAGCAGUUGGACAGUUACGCCAGUCGUCGAGUACUUCCAUGUGCUUCCUUAUGCUGGGAUUUUGUUAGACUGGUUUUCUAGGAGAGAAUCCUCAAAUGGUUUGCAAGAUUCAAGGCUAGAUGAGGAAAAUAUAACUGUAAACAGCCCUGAUAGGGUUGAAACACCUUGCAAGCCAGAACUUGAUAAAAGCCGAGACAAGUCUCAUGAAAAAGGUAUCAUGAUAGAGAAUGUUGAAAACACAACUGGUUCUAAUCCUCAAUCAUGGAAGCAGAAAGAUACAAGUGGAUGUUGCAAGACAAGUUUGGCUGAUGCCUUCAACGGGCCACAGAAAAUGGAAGUGGAUGACUCUUCCAUGGUCCCCUUGCAGAAUGAACAGAGUUGUAAGAAUAUUUCAAGCACCAUUCAAGUUGUCAAACACCAUACAGAGAAUCUUGAAAAAGAUACACCCAGAUCUAAACCUCAAUCAAGGGAGCAGAAAGAUACCACUGGAUGUUGCAAGACAAGUUUGGCUGAUGCUUUCAAUGGGCCUCAGAAAAUUGAGGUCAAGGUGGUGAACUCAAAAACAAGGCCAUUCAUUACUGACUGUGGAGCUAAAAAAAUUGUUGCUGGAAAGAUCUGUUCCAUUGACUCAUCAGAUCAAGAUGGUAUAGAUGGUCCUGCCAUUGUCAGCCCUCAAUCAAGUUCUGAAGAUCUUUACAAGCUUCAGAUUGCUAUAGCUUCUAAAGAAAACAUCUUGUCACAAACUGCUUUGAAAGUUCUUAUGAAAAAAAGGGAUGACCUGUCUAUUCAGCAGCGGAAUAUUGAGGAUGAGAUUGCUCAGUGUGAUAAAAAAAUCCAGACAAUUUUAAAUGGUGGUGAAGAUGACUUGGCACUAAAGGUAGAGUCCAUUAUAGAAGGUUGUAAUGAUGUCUGUGUAAGAAGUGGAAGGACUCAUCGACUGCUUGAAGACCAACUCCCCCAAAGUAGCAAGAGGAAGAGGUUGUCAGAGGCCAUUCUCAAAGAGCAAAAUCCAUGCCAGGAUCUGGAUGAUGCAUGCUACGAAAACAAUUGGGUAUUACCAACUUAUCGUGUAUCCCCAUCAGAUGGUGGAUUCCAAGCUGAGGUGACAGUAAAAGGGAUGGAUUUUGAUUGUUCAAGUGGGGGUGACCUGUGUUCCAAUCCUCGUGAGGCAAGAGAAUCGGCUGCAGCUCAAAUACUGGUAAAAUUGCGAAGUAUGGCAGGCCAGGCCCAGCAGUUCUAGGUUCCUUGUUGGAAAGAUAGAAACUGCAUUUUGCUGAAGAUUGUUAGUUCAGGUUUUUGUUUGGCUUCAGUAAAGUCAAAAGGAAAUAGAGGGAAAAAUAUCAAUGCAUCAUCAAAUAUAUACUAAAAAGUGUAAACGCAUCCUCAAGUAUCCUAACAAAUAUAUACCAGAAAAUGCUAAUGCAUCAUGUAUUAAGACAUAUACAUAUAAUAUAUUCCCUUUUG